AUGCCUCUUCUCCUGUCGCCGCCGCCCGCGCUCUGCCGCGCCCUGCUCGUCCGCCCCUGGAGGGGGGCCGGGCUGCGGUGGAAGCACCCCUCCCCACUGAAGGUGGCCAACGAGCCAGUCUUGGCAUUCACACAGGGCAGCCCCGAGCGAGACGCAUUGCAAAAGGCCUUAAAGGACCUGAAGGGCCGGACAGAAGCCAUCCCGUGUGUGGUGGGGGAUGAGGAAGUGUGGACAUCGGACGUGCGGUACCAGGUGUCGCCCUUUAACCACGGACACAAGGUAGCCAAGUUCUGUUAUGCAGACAAGGCUCUGCUUAACAAAGCCAUCGAGGCUGCCUUGGCCGCCAGGAAAGAAUGGGACCUGAAGCCUGUUGCAGACCGAGCCCAGGUCUUCCUGAAGGCAGCUGACAUCCUGAGUGGGCCACGUAGGGCUGAGAUCCUCGCCAAGACCAUGGUGGGACAGGGUAAGACGGUGAUCCAAGCAGAGGUCGAUGCUGCGGCUGAACUCAUCGACUUCUUCCGAUUCAAUGCCAAGUUUGCCGUGGAGCUGGAGCAGGAGCAGCCCAUCAGCGUGCCACCCAGCACCAACAGUGUGGUGUACCGGGGGCUGGAGGGCUUCGUGGCGGCUAUCUCACCCUUUAACUUCACUGCGAUCGGUGGCAACCUGGCGGGGGCACCGGCCUUGAUGGGCAACGUGGUCCUGUGGAAGCCCAGUGACACUGCCAUGCUGGCCAGCUAUGCCGUGUACCGCAUCCUCCGGGAGGCUGGUCUGCCCCCCAACAUCAUCCAGUUUGUGCCAGCUGAUGGUCCCACAUUUGGGGACACUGUCACCAGCUCCGAGCAUCUCUGUGGCAUCAACUUCACAGGCAGUGUGCCCACCUUCAAACACCUGUGGAAGCAGGUAGCCCAGAACCUGGACCAGUAUCGCACAUUUCCACGCCUGGCUGGAGAGUGUGGCGGGAAGAACUUCCACUUCGUGCACUGCUCGGCCGACGUGGACAGUGUGGUGAGUGGGACUGUGCGCUCAGCCUUCGAGUACGGCGGCCAGAAGUGCUCAGCCUGCUCGCGCCUCUACGUGCCGCGCUCGCUGUGGCCGCAGAUCAAAGGGCGGUUGCUGGAGGAGCACGGCAGGAUCAAAGUGGGCAACCCUGCAGAGGAUUUUGGGACCUUCUUCUCCGCAGUAAUUGAUGCCAAGUCCUUUGGCCGCAUCAAGAAGUGGCUGGAGCAUGCACAAUCCUCACCCAGCCUCACCGUCCUGGCUGGGGGCAAGUGUGACGACACUGUGGGCUACUUCGUGGAACCCUGCAUCAUUGAGACAAAGGACCCACAGGAGACCAUCAUGAAGGAGGAGAUCUUUGGGCCCGUGCUGACCGUGUACGUCUACCCAGAUGACAAGUACAAGGAGACGCUUCAGCUGGUCGACAGCACCACCAGCUAUGGCCUCACGGGGGCAGUGUUCGCCCAGGAUAAGGGCGUUGUCCAGGAGGCCACGACGCUUCUGAGGAACGCUGCCGGCAACUUCUACAUCAACGACAAGUCCACUGGCUCAGUGGUGGGCCAGCAGCCCUUUGGGGGGGCCCGAGCCUCUGGCACCAAUGACAAGCCAGGAGGCCCCCACUACAUCCUGCGCUGGACGUCACCCCAGGUCAUCAAAGAGACCCUUGAGCCCCUGGGGGACUGGCGCUACUCAUACAUGCAGUGAGCCUACUUGUGCCUCCACCGUCCACCUGUGUGUCUGUCCAGACGACGGACCUGGCUGCACUGGCCCCACCCAGCCCCUCCACCUGCUCCUCAUGGACGGCCCCAUUUCUAGACUAAGGCUUGGCCCUUCCCCACCCUGGCCUGUGUGCCAGCUUCUCUCAUCCAUCUGUGUCAGGUGUCCAGAGUCUGGUUUGAGAUCAUGUUGGGGAGGAACAGGGCUGUCACCCCUUAUCAUAUUGACCAUCCUAGGAAUUCUACCUGGUGGGUAUGGCCUUGGUGCCUGGCAGGUUCUUUACUCAUCCGUUUCUCUCUCCCCUACCCUGGGGCCCAGUGGCUCAGGAACGUGGGGAAUGAAGAUGGAGAAGCUCUUGGGAUCCUCUGGGGAAAAGCAGGCAGCUCUGGGCCCCUUGGCAAACCUCACCACUCACAGAGGCUCCUGGCCUUGGCUCUGUCUCCUGCAGGUAUCCAGGUGAUGUGUGACCCAGGUGGCCUGCAGGGCACACACGGUACCAGGCGGCCUUGCCUCUUUGGUCUGGGCUGCCCACGUUCCCCAUUCUAUCUGUGCCUAAAUACACCUGAGCCAGUGGGUACCUGCACCCAACCAUGUGCCUUAGAUGCUGCGUGCCUUUCUCCAGGUGCCUGCGUUCACCUGAGGCCCUUGUGAUUCUGGGCUGCCUCCACAUGGCAGGGCUGGGGGCUGCUGGAGGCUACGGCCAAGGUGUGAGAUGAGUGGUCCUUCUAUUUGGGCUGUGGUUUUGGAAGACCUUGGGUGGCCUUUGUUCUGUGUGGCUUCCCUUAGCUCUACUGGUCUUACCUGAAUGUCCCCUCCCAAAACCUUUGUCAGGGCCUGGGCUUUCCCUGCAGGAGCUCCGUGCCUACCGGGCUGUGGUGGACAGGCCCAGACAGAUGUUGCCCUCCCUUCUCCCAGUCCCCCGAGACCUGGCCUUGGGUUCCCAUCAGCCUGGGCCGAGCAUGCUGCCUGUAGAAUCUUCCCUUGUUACAUGUAAGCAGCUCCUGGUGGACUGGCCCCUCCAUGGCCUGUUCUUUGGCACAGCCAGUCGGUGGCCACGGGCAGAUUCCUUCUGGUCUCAUUCUGGGUGGUCAGGGAUCUAUGAGUUUGACUUUCAAGGAUGGUUUUUACAGCACUGUGAAAGUGCUGGGUCCUCCUCAAGGUUAGCUGCAUGGGGCCACCACGGAGCUGGUGUGGCUGUUCCCCAAAUGCUGUGUUCCACACUGUGGCCCACAGUCGGGUGGGUGCCAGUGCUGCCUGGGCCGGGGGUGGGUUCUUCUUCUUUCCAGGAUCUGUGUCGUUUGCCAUGAGGAGCCAGUGUUCCCGGUUCUGCACUGUGAGGUGGCAAUGGGAUUUGCCCUGAUGCCACCCAAUAAAACACCUGUUACUUAA